AGUUUCUUGGGAGGCCGCUGCAAGUUUAGGCUGUAUCAUAAUGGAGUUUCGCGAUCGUGACGGGUAUUUCCACCAGGAUGUGUUUCGGGUGCUUGGGCGGGCCACGGGCUCUGAGCCACAUGCACUGACGUAUAAUGCAAUUGGCGGUAUGCAGUUUGUGGAUGAGGAUGGGAUUUCGGAAACGUCGUCAGAGACGUCGACCGAGUCGAGUGUGUCGCAGGCGCCGUCGUUUGAUCUGGACGCCGAGUGGGAAGACGCCAAGCAGGUGCUGUACACGACGUUUGUUGGAUUCAUGCUGCCGUUUGUGUUCCGGUACGUGGGCCGGCGGCUAACGUUUGCAGGUAAGCUUGGGAAAUAGCCAGCGGGGGUGGUGUUUCAAUGUGGGGGCAAGCUGUUGACUAACCUAAUUGCCACUUUCGGUAGUGUGGAAGCGCUUUCUGACCGGGUAUUUUAAGUGAGUAAACUCCUUUUCCAUUUUUGAGGAGUGACUCACAAAAUCCCAGGCCGCGCUCCCAGAGGUGUGUCACAU